CUAUCUCCAUUUUUCUAAUGUAUGAAUUGAAGUGAAAUAUAGUGAAAAGAGAUAGAUUUCGCACCCAAAAUAUUUGUUUUAUUUUGCUAUCGAAUUCACCACCACCGCCGUCACCUCCGGUCACCAUUUCCGUCGAAUUCCGGCGACGCCACGCUCCUAACACCGAGAAGCCAACGUGCCUGGACAUCUAAAUUGCUGGUAAAAUGCUUUCCUUUGAGAUGAACGACCGAAAAAAGAUUGGAUUAGGAUUAACUGGCUUCGGUAUAUUUUUCUCUUUCCUUGGGAUUGUCUUCUUCUUCGACAAGGGAUUGCUAGCUAUGGGAAAUGUCCUGUUUGUGUCUGGAGUAUCCUUAACCAUUGGACUGAAGUCCACUAUGCAAUUCUUCAUGAAACGAAGUAAUUUUAAGGGGACAAUCUCAUUUGGUAUUGGGUUCUUGAUUCUCAUUUUGGGAUGGCCUAUUUUGGGCAUGAUUAUUGAGGCAUAUGGGUUCAUCGUACUAUUCAGUGGAUUCUGGCCUACACUGGCUGUUUUUCUACAGAAGAUUCCUGUUCUUGGUUGGGUCAUUCAACAGCCAUUCAUCCGAUCGUUCUUUGACCGCUAUAGAGGUAAACGAGUGCCUGUGUAACACUGAGAUCUUUGGAAAUAUUCUGUAACAACUGGCAAGCACAUUUGCAAGUCAAUGUAAAGAAAAUACUCUCAUAUGGGAUCUUAGAAUGUGAAUUGAGAUCAACUUCUGUUGGUAGAAAAUGAUUGUGACUUUAUCAUGUCAGUCAUUUAGUGGAAAGGAAAAUGAUUAGGAAAAGGUUUCACAGUUUUCACUUUGCUACUUGUUUGGCUUCUCUUCAUUCUAAUGCUUAGCAGAAAAUCAAUUGAUCUCAGGAUUUAUGUUACUAUUUCAUUCACACGCCUUUUGCAAGCAUCGGUGGCAUUCAUUCAUUGGAGUAUAAGGAUUUUAAAUGAUGUUAUCUUAGCAAUAUGGAAUUAGUUUCUUUUUGUCUUUCUAUUUUUCGAAGUAUAAAUGUUUGAUCCUCAAUUCCGAUUUCAUCUCCCCGGGUAUUUUCUUUUUGACA